UAGAAGCUUGCUAGAGUUAAGAUGGCGGCAUGUGGGUGAAGAGGCUGGGCUCUAAACUCGAGUUUUCGCACCAUUAAACGAUUCCUAUGAAUCCGAAAAUAUACUGUAGUCGAAAGAACAACAAUUUUCACAUCUUUCGCACCGCUGAGUGUGAUUUUGGAUUGCCUCCAUGACAUCCAUACACUUCGUGGUUCACCCGUUGCCCGGGACUGAGGAUCAGCUCAAUGACAGACUGCGUGAAGUUUCAGAGAAACUCAACAAAUAUAAUUUCAUUAGUCAUCCACAUCUUAGCCUGUUGGAGCAGGCCACCCUGAAACAGUGUGUUGUUGGGCCAAACCAUGCUGGGUUUCUUCUUGAGGAUGGACGUGUGUGUAGAAUCAGCUUUGCUGUCCAGCCUGAUCGCCUGGAGCUUAGCAAACCGGAUGGCAGUGAUGGUUCAAAGUUGAGCACUGGUUCAGGGACAGGAAGGAGCUCCAGGCCAGGCAGGACUAGUGAUCCGCCCUGGUUCCUGUCUGGUUCUGACACACUGGGCAGACUGGCAGGCAACACCCUUGGGAGUCGCUGGAGCUCUGGUGUAAAUGGAAGCAGUGGUGGAGGUGGAAGUGGAGGUGCAGCAGGAGGGGGUGGAACAGCAGGCGGCACCAGUGGGAGUGGAGGGAGUGGAGGAGGAGGUGGAAGUGGCAGCACUUCAGGGAGAUCAUCAACAGCAGCUCGUGACUCUCGUCGACAGACCAGGGUGAUUCGUACUGGAAGAGAUCGGGGAUCAGGUCUUCUAGGUAGCCAGCCUCAGCCAGUCAUACCAGCCUCAGUCAUCCCUGAAGAACUUAUAUCCCAGGCCCAAGUAGUCCUUCAGGGGAAAUCUAGGAGUGUGAUCAUUCGGGAACUCCAGAGAACCAACCUGGAUGUCAACCUGGCUGUCAACAACCUGUUGAGCAGAGAUGAUGAAGAUGGAGAUGAUGGAGAUGACACAGCCAGCGAGUCUUACCUCCCUGGAGAGGACCUGAUGUCCUUGUUGGAUGCAGACAUUCACUCAGCUCAUCCCAGUGUGAUUAUUGAUGCAGAUGCUAUGUUCUCUGAGGACAUAAGCUACUUUGGAUACCCCUCUUUUCGACGAUCUUCUCUGUCCCGCCUAGGAUCGUCCAGAGUUCUCCUUCUUCCCUUAGAGCGCGACUCAGAGCUAUUACGAGAGCGCGAGUCUGUGUUGAGAUUACGUGAACGCCGGUGGCUGGACGGGGCCUCGUUCGAUACAGAGCGAGGAUCCACCAGCCGAGAUGGGGAACCAUGCUUGGACAAGAAGAACAUCCCAGUUCAGAGCCCUGUGUCCCUUGGAGAGGAGCUUCAGUGGUGGCCAGACAAGGAUGGUGUGAAGUUUGUCAGCAUUGGGGCCAUGUUCUCAGAGUUGGUGGCUGUCAGCUCCAAAGGAGAACUUUAUCAGUGGAAAUGGAGUGAACCGGAACCAUACAGGAAUGCCCAGAAUCCUUCCAUUCAUCAUCCACGUGUGUCUUUCCUGGGUCUGGCCAACGAGAGGAUCACCUUAUUGUCAGCCAAUAGUAUAAGAGCCACUGUAGCAACAGAGACCAACAAGGUGGCAACUUGGGUUGACGACACACUAAGCUCAGUAGCCGCUAAACUGGAGCACACUGCCCAAGCUUUCCCUGAACUUCAGGGGGAACGAAUGGUGUCCCUCUACUGCUGUGCACUCUACACUUGUGCACAAUUGGACAACAGCCUCUACUGGUGGGGUGUGGUGCCUUUUAGUCAACGGAAAAAAAUGCUUGAAAAGGCCAGAGCCAAGAAUAAAAAGCCCAAGUCCAGUGCUGGAAUUUCCUCAAUACCUAACAUCACAGUGGGAACUCAAGUUUGCCUGAGGAAUAACCCACUUUACCAUACUGGGGCAGUGGCCUUUUCAGUUAACGCAGGGAUUCCCAAAGUCGGCCUCUUGUUGGAGUCUGUGUGGAAUAUGAACGACAGCUGCAGGUUUCAGAUGCGCUCGCCAGAGAGCCUAAAGAACAUGGAGAAGACCACUAAAACCCAAGAAACAAAGACGGAAAGCAAACCAGAGCUGGUGAAGACUGAGAUGGGCCCUCCCCCUUCUCCAGCUUCUACAUGCAGUGAUACCUCCUCCAUUGCUAGCAGUGCUUCAUUGCCGUACAAGCGAAGGCGCUCCACCCCAGCCCCCAAGGAGGAGGAAAAAGUGAAUGAGGAGCAGUGGCCUCUUCGAGAGGUGGUGUUUGUGGAGGAUGUUAAAAAUGUCCCUGUGGGAAAGGUGCUGAAAGUGGAUGGUGCAUAUGUUGCAGUGAAAUUUCCGGGGACAUCAAGCAGCGUGAGCAACCAGACCACCACUGCCCCCCCAGAUUCGGACCCCUCUUCACUGCUUCAGGACUGUAGGCUCCUUAGAAUAGAUGAGCUGCAGGUGGUCAAAACUGGGGGAACUCCAAAGGUUCCUGACUGUUUUCAACGCACACCCAAAAAGCUCUGUAUCCCAGAAAAGGCAGAGAUCCUGGCUGUUAAUGUUGAUUCCAAAGGAGUCCAUGCAGUACUGAAAACUGGUAACUGGGUUAGGUACUGUAUCUUUGACUUGGCCACUGGCAAAGCUGAGCAAGAGAAUAACUUCCCGACUAGCAACAUGGCUUUCCUAGGGCAGAAUGAGCGUAAUGUGGCCAUCUUUACUGCAGGACAGGAAUCUCCAAUUAUUCUUCGAGAUGGAAAUGGCACAAUUUACCCAAUGGCUAAAGACUGUAUGGGUGGAAUUCGAGAUCCUGAUUGGCUAGAUCUUCCACCAAUAAAUAGUCUAGGAAUGGGGGUGCACUCUCUGGCCAAUCUCCCCUCUAACUCCACCAUAAAAAAGAAAGCUGCUAUUAUCAUUAUGGCUGUUGAGAAACAGACGUUGAUGCAGCAUGUUUUGCGCUGUGACUAUGAAGCGUGUCGGCAGUACCUGGUGAAUCUUGAACAAGCAUUUCUAUUGGAUCAGGGCAGCCAUGCCCUUAGUGCACUUCUUGGACAUCGUUGUGAUGGAAACCGCAACAUACUUCAUGCUGCUGUUUCUGUGUGCUUCCCUGUUAGUAACAAGGAAACCAAAGAGGAGGAGGAGGCUGAAAGGUCAGAGCGGAACACAUUUGCUGAGCGCUUAUCUGCUGUCGAGGCUAUUGCAAAUGCCAUCUCUGUGGUCUCCAGCAACAGCUCUGGAAAUAGGACCGGCUCCUCCAGUAGCAGAGGGCUUCGGCUGAGAGAAAUGAUGCGGCGCUCUCUCAGAGCAGCCGGCCUUGGCCGCCAUGAGUCAGGCCCAUCCUCCAGCGAUCACCAGGACCCUGUGUCACCACCUAUUGCCCCACCAAGUUGGGUCCCCGAUCCCCCGCCCAUGGACCCUGAUGGUGACAUUGACUUCAUUCUAGCACCACCUAUGGGUUCACUCACAACAGCCUCCACUGGGACCAGCCAAAGCCCGAGCACCUCUACCAUACCAGCUGGACCAUCCACGGAGCCAUCAGUUGUUGAAUCGAAAGACAGGAAGGCCAAUGCUCACCUUAUCCUGAAGCUGAUGUGUGACAGUGUUGUUCUGAGGCCACAUCUACGUGAAUUACUCUCUGCCAAGGAUGCACGUGGAAUGACCCCAUUCAUGCUGGCAGUCAGUGGGAGAGCCUACCCGGCAGCCAUCACAGUUUUGGAGGCAGCACAGAAAAUGGCCAAAGUAGGUGACCCAGGCAUUCCAGAGAAGGAGGACUCAGACUCUGUUUUCAUGGAAAUGAUUUGUCCCCUGGGGACCAACCCUGACGAUUCACCCCUUUAUGUACUGUGUUGCAAUGACACAUGCAGUUUCACUUGGACUGGAGCUGAACACAUUAAUCAGGACAUCUUUGAAUGUCGGACAUGCGGAUUACUUGAGUCUCUUUGCUGCUGCACUGAGUGUGCAAGAGUGUGUCACAAAGGACAUGACUGCAAGCUCAAGAGGACCUCUCCUACAGCAUACUGUGAUUGCUGGGAGAAAUGCAAGUGUAAAACACUGAUUGCUGGACAAAAGGCUGCACGCCUGGAUUUGUUGUAUAGGUUGCUUACGACGACUAACUUGGUUACAGCACCGAACAGCAGGGGCGAGCAUAUACUACUGUUCCUCGUGCAAACUGUUGCCAGGCAGAGUGUUGAGCACUGUCAGUACAGGCCACCACGCAUCAGAGAGGACAGAAAUCGCAAGGCUGCAAGUGCAGAUGAUUCUGAUAUGCCAGAUCAUGACCUAGAGCCCCCUCGCUUUGCUCAACUGGCUCUGGAGAGGGUUCUGCAGGACUGGAAUGCCCUCAAGUCUAUGAUCAUGUUUGGUUCUCAAGAGAAUAAAGACCCUCUGAGUGCCAGCAGCAGAAUUGCCCACCUCCUUCCUGAAGAACAGGUGUAUUUGAAUCAGCAGAGUGGCACGAUUCGCCUUGAUUGUUUUACCCACUGCCUCAUUGUCAAGUGUGCUCCCGACAUCACUUUCAUAGACACUUUACUUGGUACACUGGUGAAGGAGCUGCAGAACAAGUACACUCCUGGCCGAAGAGAGGAGGCAGUCAACGUCACGAGGAGAUUUCUACGCUCUGUAUCCAGAGUAUUUGUAAUCCUCAGUGUGGAGAUGGCCUCAUCCAAGAAGAAAAACAACUUCAUCCCCCAACCCAUAGGCAAAUGCCGUCGUGUUUUCCAAGCUCUUUUACCCUACGCUGUAGAGGAGCUCUGUAAUGUGGCAGAGUCGCUAAUCGUUCCUGUGCGAAUGGGCAUCGCAAGACCUACAGCUCCAUUUACUUUGGCUAGUACAAGUAUUGAUGCCGUCCAGGGCAGUGAGGAGCUCUUCUCUGUUGAACCACUUCCUCCAAGACCUUCACCCGAUCAAUCUAGCAACUCCAAUCAGACUACUGCUUCCUAUAUCAUUAGGAAUCCCCAACCCCGGCACAGCAACCAGUCUCAGCCUGUCAGAAGCAGAGAUGAGGAACAGGAUGACAUUGUUUCAGCAGAUGUGGAAGAGGUUGAAGUUGUUGAGGGAGUAGCAGGUGAGGAAGACCAUCAUGAUGAUCAAGAAGAACAGGGAGAAGAAAAUGCUGAGGCAGAAGGGCAACAUGAUGAGCAUGAUGAAGAUGGGAGUGACAUGGAGCUUGAUCUUCUCGCAGCGGCUGAAACUGAGAGCGACAGUGAAAGUAACCACAGCAAUCAGGAUAAUGCUAGUGGCCGUAGGAGUGUUGUCACAGCAGCCACAGCUGGCUCUGAAGCAGGUGCCAGCAGUGUCCCUGCCUUCUUUUCAGAGGACGACUCCCAGUCCAAUGACUCCAGUGACUCAGACAGCAGCAGCAGUCAGAGCGAUGAUGUUGACCAAGAGACGUUUCUGUUUGACGAGCCCCUGGAGAGGACAACUAAUGCUUCCCAUGCCAACAGUGCAGCUCAGGCUCCUCGAUCCAUGCAGUGGGCUGUUAGAAACACCCCCAGCCAAAGGGCUACUGGAAGUGCCCCCCCCAACUCCUCAACAUCAGCUGCGAGCUCCACCGGACUCAUAUAUAUCGACCCAACCAACCUGCGUCGCUCAAGUGCAAUCAGCUCCAGUGCGGCUGCAGCGGCAGCCGCUUUGGAGGCCAGCAACUCCAGCAGCUAUCUGACAUCUGCCAGUAGCCUAGCCCGGGCCUACAGCAUUGUCAUUAGACAAAUCUCUGAUCUCAUGAGUUUGAUUCCCAAGUACAACCACCUUGUCUACUCGCAAUACCCUGCCUCUGUGAAGCUCACCUAUCAGGAUGCGGUCAACCUGCAGAACUAUGUUGAGGAAAAGUUGAUUCCUACCUGGAAUUGGAUGGUGUCCAUCAUGGAUUCCACUGAGGCACAGUUGAGAUAUGGCUCAUCUUUGUCAUCUGCUGGAGACCCGGGUCACCCCAGUCACCCCCUGCAUGCCUCUCAGCAUUCAGCUCGGCGGGAACGCAUGACUGCUCGGGAGGAGGCCAACCUCCGCACCCUAGAAGGCCGCAGGAGAGCGGCCACUCUGCUGACAGCUCGCCAGGGCAUGUCUGCACGCGGUGACUUCCUGAACUAUGCCUUGUCACUCAUGCGCUCCCACAAUGAUGAGCACUCAGAUGUGCUUCCUGUGCUGGAUGUCUGCUCGCUGAAACACGUGGCAUAUGUUUUCCAGGCACUUAUCUACUGGAUUAAGGCCAUGAACCAGCAGACCACUCUAGAGGCCCCACAGAUUGACAGAAAAAGGAAUCGAGAGAUUUUGGAAUUGGGUUUGGACAAUGAGGACUCUGAACAUGAAAAUGAUGAGGACACCAAUCAAAGUUCAAAUUUACAGGACAAAGAUGAAGAUGCUGCUCCUGCUGAAACGGGUCAGAAUCAUCCUUUCUUCCGUCGCUCGGAUUCCAUGACCUUCUUGGGAUGUAUCCCACCGAACCCGUUUGACGUUCCCUUGGCUGAGGCCAUUCCAUUGGCAGACCAACCUCACCUCUUGCAGCCUAAUGCAAGGAAGGAGGAUCUGUUUGGGCGACCCUCUCAAGGCUUGUACUCCUCUUCCAUGGCAACCAAAGGCCUGGCUGAGGCAACCGUGGACAGAAACUGCCUGGAGGUAAACUUGGGCUCCUCUCUACCCUCCCCUUCUCAGAUCCUGCCCACUAAGAUGUCUUACUCAGCCAACCUAAAGAAUGUGAUGAGUAUGGAGACUGCCCAGCGGGCUUCUGAGAACCAGUCACUAGCAGACCAGGAGCUGGAAUCCUCAAAAGCUGGCCCUUCACCCCAUGACCUUGCUGCUCAGUUGAAGAGCAGCCUGCUCGCUGAGAUUGGCCUUACUGAAAGUGAUGGACCUCCUCUUCCAUCAUUCAGACCUCAUUGUAGCUUCAUGGGAAUGAUGAUUUCACAUGACAUGCUGCUUGGACGCUGGCGUCUGUCACUCGAACUCUUUGGUCGUGUCUUCAUGGAGGAUGUUGGGGCUGAGCCUGGAUCGAUUCUCACUGAGCUUGGUGGCUUUGAGGUAAAGGAGUCCAAGUUCCGCAGAGAAAUGGAGAAGCUAAGGAACCUGCAAUCCCGGGACUUGGCCUUGGAAGUUGAUCGGGAUAGAGACCAGCUAAUACAACAGACUAUGCGUCAGCUAAACACUCACUUUGGCAGGAGGUGCACAACCACACCAAUGGCUGUACACCGGGUAAAGGUCACCUUCAAAGAUGAGCCGGGCGAAGGUAGUGGUGUGGCCCGCAGCUUCUACACAGCAAUUGCGCUGGCACUCCUCUCCAACGACAAGCUGCCCAAUUUGGACUGUGUCCAAAGUGUCAGCAAGGGCAUGCAGGCCAGCAAUCUAAUGCAGCGUUUGAGAAACCGAGAUCGGGAAAGGGAGAGGAGAAGUGGAGGUCUCCGAGCCGGCUCCAGGAGAGACCGGGACAGAGACUCUAGGAGACAAUUAUCCAUAGACACCAGGCCAUUCAGGCCGUCAUCAGAGGGCAACCCCAAUGAUGAGCCUGACCCCCUGCCUGCCCACAGACAAGCUUUGGGGGAAAGACUUUACCCACGUGUUCAUACAAUGCAACCGGCUUUUGCCAGUAAAAUCACAGGCAUGUUGCUGGAACUGUCCCCUGCACAACUGCUGCUGCUGCUGGCUAGUGAGGAUUCUCUCAGAGCCAGAGUAGAAGAGGCGAUGGAGCUGCUUAUUGCACAUGGAAGGGAAAAUGGCGCUGACAGUAUAUUGGACCUGGGUCUUUUGGAGGCACCAGAAAAAGCACAACAACAGGAGAACCGGAAGCGGCAUGGUUCAACACGUAGUGUGGUGGACAUGGAGCUAGAUGACCCAGACGAUGGGGAUGACAACGCUCCUCUCUUUUACCAGCCUGGCAAGCGAGGCUUCUACUCCCCUCGGCCCGGAAAGAACACAGAGGCCAGACUCAACUGCUUCCGUAACAUCGGCAGGAUAUUGGGGUUGUGUCUCCUCCAGAAUGAGCUCUGUCCAAUAACAUUGAAUAGGCAUGUAAUCAAGGUCUUGCUUGGAAGAAAGGUGAACUGGCAUGAUUUUGCAUUCUUUGACCCGGUCAUGUACGAGUCUCUGAGGCAGCUUAUCCGCCAUUCACUGGCUGGUGAAGCAGAAGCAGUAUUUUCUGCGAUGGACUUGGCCUUUGCCAUUGACCUUUGCAAAGAGGAAGGGGCUGGACAGGUGGAGCUUCUCUCUGGCGGGGUCAACAUGCCUGUAACUCCCCUCAAUGUGUAUGAGUAUGUGCGGAAGUACGCAGAGCACAGAAUGCUUGUGGUAGCUGAGCAACCGCUGCAUGCAAUGAGGAAGGGUUUGCUGGAUGUACUUCCUAAGAACGCCCUGGAAGAUCUGACUGCUGAGGACUUCCGAUUGCUUGUCAAUGGUUGCGGAGAGGUCAACGUGCAGAUGCUCAUUAGCUUCACAUCCUUUAAUGACGAGUCUGGGGAGAAUGCAGACAAACUACUGCAGUUUAAGCGGUGGUUUUGGUCUAUAGUUGAGAAGAUGAGCAUGACGGAGCGGCAAGAUCUGGUAUACUUUUGGACUUCCAGCCCAUCCCUGCCAGCCAGCGAAGAGGGCUUUCAGCCAAUGCCUUCCAUUACCAUCCGGCCCCCAGAUGACCAGCACCUCCCCACAGCCAAUACGUGCAUCUCGCGCCUCUACGUGCCACUCUAUUCUUCAAAACAGAUACUCAAACAGAAGCUCCUGUUAGCCAUUAAGACCAAGAACUUUGGUUUCGUGUAGAGGUUAAACAGAAAAGUUAAAAAAAAAAAAAAAAAAAAAAAAAAAGUAAAACAUGUUUACUGUUGUGUAAUAUUUACUUAGCUCCAUUUUGUAGAUUUAUUUUUUGUCUAUACAAUUUUAUUAAAAUUCGACAUACUGUCGCUAUCUCCCCAGACAAUAUUUGUGUUGUGAACACAGUUAUUUUCAUUUCCUUUUUUUUUCUUUGUAUCAAAACUAAAAUGAAAAAGAUCUAUCAGUCCAGAACAUUCCUGCAUUGGCACUGUAAAAUGUAAAGCCCACAGCUCUGCUCUAUUAGCUUAAACGUAUGCUUCCCAGGAAUUUGGUCUGACAGAAGGCUGUCUGCCGAAACCCAGCCAAAGAUGACGGCAGUAGAGGUAUUUAAAAGAAGACACUGUGAUUAUUAUUUUCCUUCCCAAGAAAAGUACUAUCACUGACAGUUCACUGCUGCCUUUCUGGAAAAUCUUCUUUUUUUUUUUUUUCUUGUACAGGGGGAGUACGGAAUUUCAAAAUAAACUUCGAUGCAAAACGUUGGACAUUCUUUCUUUCUGUGCACCAAGCAAUUCAGAUGAUAACUGCAGUAAAGAUUUCAGUUGCAUCUCAAAAUUCAGGGAUU